UGCGGGCGUUGGUCCAUGUUGGCCAGCAUCAGCUGCUGUCUGGGGAUCUUACGCUGGGGACGGCCCCUGCACCUGACAUCACCUGGGCUGGGACCCCCACCUGGGGCUCCCCUUCUGCACUUGGACACCUGGGGGCCCGUCGGGUCCACGCCUAUCCCACUCCAGCCCGUGCCUGUCCCACCCACUCCAGUGAGGCCUCAGCCUGGUGGAGGGGGUGCAGGCUUGCGGGGAGCAGAGCUUCCCACAGGGCUGACCCCAUGCACACAAAGCCAUGAGUUGCCCCUGCCUGGGGCUUUCUGUUCCCCAGGAAGUCAGAGCCCCCCUCUCCUGAAACCGCCAGGCAGCCCUCACAGGUCCCUUCCCCUCCAGGAUCUCUCUGGCACCACCUCCUUCCAGCCGCCGGGUCCGCCUCUCAGGCCGUCUCUCGGGGUGCUGGCCGGACCUGGGACAGGCUGUGCCUCAGUUUCUUCACCUGUGCAAGGGAGGUUGUCGGAUUGUUGGGGGAGGGGGAAGCGGACCCCGCCCCCAGGUGCCGCCCGCCCCGCCCCUCCCGCCGGCCGAGGGGCCCAUUGGCUGCGGGCGCCGGGGCAGGGCGCGCGGAAAGGAGCCUGGGGCCAGGAGCGCAGGAACCGGACCGUGUCCCGCGGGGCUCUCACCUCCGCCUCCGCGCCCCGACCCGGCCAUGCGCGACCUCGGGCUCUGGCUGCUGUGCGCGAUGGCGCUGCCAGCGAUGGCCCCCAGCCGGCCCUGGGCCCGCGUGGAGCGGUACGAGGUGGUGCUGCCGCGGCGUCUGCCAGGACCCCGAGUCCGCCGAGCUCUGCCCUCCCCCGUGGGCCUGUACCCAGAGAGGGUGAGCUAUGUCCUUGGGGCCACAGGGCACAACUUCACUCUGCACCUUCGGAAGAACAGGGACCUGCUGGGCUCCGGCUACACGGAGACCUACACGGCUGCCAAUGGGUCCGAGGUGACGGAGCAGCUGCGCGGGCAGGACCACUGCUUCUACCAGGGCCAUGUGGAGGGGCACCCGGACUCAGCCGCCAGCCUCAGCACCUGUGCCGGCCUCAGGACCAGGCCACUCUGAAGCCCACGGCACACCCGGCUCCCGCUCCCCUCAGGGGUUUCUUCCAGGUGGGCUCAGACCUGCGCCUGAUCGAGCCCCUGGAUGAAGGUGGAGAGGGUGGGCGGCACGCCGUGUACCAGGCCGAGCACCUCCUGCAGACAGCUGGGACCUGCGGGGUCAGUGACGACAGCCUGGGCAGCCUCCUGGGGCCCCGGACGGCAGCCGUCUUCAGGCCUCAGCCCGGGGGCUCUCUGCCGUCCCGAGAGACGCGCUAUGUGGAGCUCUAUGUGGUCGCGGACAAUGCAGAGUUCCAGAUGUUGGGGAGUGAAGCAGCGGUGCGCCGUCGGGUGCUGGAGGUGGUGAACCACGUGGACAAGCUAUAUCAGAAACUCAACUUCCGUGUGGUCCUGGUGGGCCUGGAGAUUUGGAAUCGUCAGGACAAGUUCCACGUCAGCCCCCACCCCAAUGUCACACUGGAGAACCUCCUGGCCUGGCAGGCGCGGCGGCUGACACAGCGGCACCUGCAGGACAACGUGCAGCUCAUCACGGGUGUCGACUUCACUGGGACCACCGUGGGGCUUGCCAGGGUGUCUGCCAUGUGCUCCCACAGCUCAGGGGCUGUGAACCAGGACCACAGCAAGAACCCCGUGGGCGUGGCCUGCACCAUGGCCCACGAGAUGGGCCACAACCUGGGCAUGGACCACGACGAGAACGUCCAGGGCUGCCGCUGCCGGGAACGCUCCGAGGCCGGCCGCUGCAUCAUGGCGGGCAGCAUUGGCUCCACGUUCCCCAGGAUGUUCAGUGACUGCAGCCGGGCCUACCUGGAGGGCUUUUUGGAGCAGCCACAGUCGGCCUGCCUCGCCAACGCCCCUGACCUCAGCCACCUGGUGGGCGGCCCUGUGUGCGGGAACCUGUUUGUAGAACGUGGGGAACAGUGCGAUUGCGGCCCCCCCGAGGACUGCCAGAACCGCUGCUGCAACUCCACCACCUGCCAGCUGGCUGAGGGGGCCCAGUGUGCACACGGUACCUGCUGCCAGGAGUGCGGGGUGAAGCCAGCUGGUGAGCCGUGCCGUCCCAAGAAGGACACAUGUGACCUUGAGGAGUUCUGUGACGGCCGGCACCCUGAGUGCCCAGAAGACGCCUUCCAGGAGAACGGCACACCCUGCUUCGGGGGCUACUGCUACAACGGGACCUGCCCCACACUGGCCCAGCAGUGCCAGACCUUCUGGGGGCCAGGUGGGCGGGCUGCCGAGGAGUCCUGCUUCUCUUAUGACAUCCUACCAGGCUGCCGGACCAGCCGGUAUAGGGCUGACAUGUGUGGCGUUCUGCAGUGCAAGGGCGGGCAGCGUCCCCCAGGGCGCACCAGCUGCAUCCUGAACCAUGUGUGCCAUGCGCUCACCACAGAGGAUGGCACUGCCUAUGAGCUAGUGCCCGAGGGCACCCGGUGUGGACCAGAGAAGGUUUGCUGGAAAAGACGUUGCCAGGACUUACACGUUUACAGAUCCAGAAACUGCUCCGCCCAGUGCCACAACCACGGGGUGUGCAACCACAAGCAGGAGUGCCACUGCCACGCGGGCUGGGCCCCUCCCUACUGCGCGAAGCUGCUGACUGAGGUGCACGCAGCAUCCGGGAGCCUCCCUGUCAUCGUGGUGGUGGUUCUGGUGCUCCUGGCAGUUGUGGUCACGCUGGCAGGCAUCCUCAUCUACCGCAAAGCCUGGAGCCGCAUCCUGAGCAGGAACGCGACUCCCAAGACCACCACGGGGCUCUCCAACCCCCUGUUUCACCAGGCUGCCAGCCGCAUGCCAGCCAAGCAGGGGCCUCUGGCCCCAACCAGGGGCCCCCAAGAGCUGGUCCGCACCACCCACGCAGGCCAGCCCGCCAGACACCCGGCCUCCUCAGUGGCUCUGAAGAGGCCACCCCCUGCUCCUCCGGUCACUGUGUCCAGGCCACCCUUCCCAGUUCCUGUCUAUGCCCAGCAGGCACCAAAGCAGGUCAUCAAGCCGACAUUCGCGCCCCCAGCACCCCCAGUCAAACCUGGGGCUGGUGCGACCAAGCCUGGUCCAGCUGAGAGUGCUGUUGGCCCAAAGGUUGCCCUGAAGCCCCCCAUCCAGAGGAAGCAAGGGGCCAGAGCUCCCACAGCACCCUAGGGGGGGGCACCUGUGCCCGUGUGGAAAUUUGGAGAAGUUGCAGCGGGAAAACCAUGCCUUCCAGCAUUCCAGGGUCCAGCUAGCGCCGCUCAGCUCCGGACCCUGACUUUUCAGGCUCAGCUGCUGUUCUGACCUCAGGAAUGCAUCCACCUGAGAGGCUUCUGCUGUCCAGGCCCUCAGCCACUCCCUUGUCCCCGCCUUGGCCAUGCGUAGCCCCAGCUGUGCAGGCAGCAGGCUGGGAUGAGCUGUGUACCUGUGGGUGCAUGCGUGUGUAUGAGUCUCCUGGUGGCCACUGGUCUCCCCCUGUGUUCAGGAGGCCACAUACACAGCCCCUUCCGGCCACACCUGCCCCAGUUCUGGGGCCUGCUGAGCGGCUGCCCUGGGUACCCAGUUCCAGGCAGCGCAGAUGUGGGGUAUCCCCAGAAAGACUCCAUCCCAGGACCAGGUUCCCCUGGGUGCUCUUCGAGAGGGUGUCAGUGAGUGGACUGCACCCCAAGUGCCCGACUCCAAGUCCCCUGAUCUUGGGGCCUGUUUCCCAUGGGAUUCAAGGGACAGCCCCAGCUUUGUGUGUGUUUAAGCUUCAGAAGCGCCUUUAGGGAAAGGGCUGCUUGGGAGAGUCAGCUGUCUUGUCUGGUUUUCUUGAGACCGCAGAUGUGUGUUCAGCAGGGCUGAAAGCUUUUAUUCUUUAAUAAUGAGAAAUGUAUAUUUUACUAAUAAAUUAUUGACCGAGUUCUGUA